CGCCUGCAAGAGGCUGUUUACCCUCCUGGCUCGGCUCUUUCCUGGCUCAGAGCAGGAGGCGAGCAGGAGGGAAGCAUGGCUCGGAGAGGCUCGGCUCUUUCCGCCUUGAAGCAGUGCCUGAUCCGGCGCAAUGGCCGGCAGGAGCAGCACGGAGUGGCCGCGUCUGGCCUCCAGGAGCUCCGCAGCAAAGCUUGCGAGCUCUUUGCGAUUGACACUGCAUCCCAGCCCGUCACAUUAGUUUUGGCGGAGGAUGGCACCAUUGUGGACGACGAGGAUUACUUCUUGUGCCUGCCGCCGAACACCAAGUUUGUGGCACUGGCGAAGGACGAGAAGUGGGCUUGCAGCAGCAUAGACGGAGGCACCGCCUGGCUCGAGGGAGAGGUCACUGAUAUAGACGGAGUGGAAAGUGGUGAGGAAAAGUGGAAACGCCUGGCCAGACAACUGAAAGACGACCUUUCCACCAUCAUCUUGAUGUCUGAGGAAGAUCUCCAGGCGCUCAUCGACGUGCCCUGCCCAGACCUGGCCCGAGAGCUUUCCGACACGCAAGCCAAAGUCCAAGCGCUCCAGGAGACACUUCAGCAGGUGUUGGACCGGCGGGAAGAGGAGCGGCAAUCCCGCCAGCUCCUGGAACUCUACCUGCAGGCGGUGAAAAGCGAGGACCACAUUGUACCCAAGAAAGAUGAAGCAGCAGACACAGCCAUGGAGGAAGCAGACACAGUGGAUGCCGGGGCCAGCAGCACAAAUAUUGCGGUGACGGUUCCGCUCAGCAGCCACAUCCUAACAGCACUGCGAGAGAAGGCAGCACCUGAACUUGGCUUAGACAGCCAAGACCUAGAGCUGGUUUACAAAGAAGACCCAGACGUUUUAGCUCAAGCCCUGAGCUGGGAGAAGGCAAAAGUCCUCGCCUUACAAGAGGCCUGUGAGCAAGAGCUUUCGAGGCGCCUGCAGCAAGUCCAGGCCUUGCAUUCCUUGAGGAGCCUCUCCAAGGGAAAGAAGAAGCUGCCGUGGGGGGAAUGGCUGAGCUCCAAGCGGAAGAAAUGAGGGCCCGGACACCCAAAACAAUAGGCUGGUGCUUGGAGGAGGCGUGUUUUUCCUCCACAUUCAAGGAGUAAGGACUGAAUAUAAGAGCUGGACUUCAUUCCACCAAGUCUGAAGCAUCUCGCAAUAGCCAAACGUUGUUUUUCCACAUUGCCAGCUUUCAGUCAGGACUAAGGAAAAGGGAUACUUUGGCACUGAAAUUGGAAUAACGAAGUACAAAGAAACGAGACAGUAUCUUUGGUACUCAUGGGUCAAUCCGCUGCAUUUAUUGCUGCUGUUUCAAAGUCAAUUGCUUUGGGGUUUGUUUACUUUUGGGUCUAAACUCCUCUUGCCUUAUCUCAUGGUUUUCUGUAAUGUUUAUUACCAUGCAUUUAGGUCUAACUAUCAUCAAUGUCCUGCGUUUCAAUGCCACGUCUGCAAAGUAGGCCCAAGAGAUAACUCUGCUUUUUUUUUUUGCCUUCGGAAAGAACUCUCAUUUUAUUUUCAAGGGCCACACUUCUCUCAGGGAUAGUCUGCCAGCAACUUGCAAUCCAGAAACAAGCAAAGUACAUUUCCUCUCUCCGUGUCAUCUCCUUUUCUCCCUUUCUUCACUCAGUUUCUAAUAAAAUUGAUUAUGUGUUUGAUUAAAUCUGAAUUUUCUGAGCA